GCCCGCUCCUCCGCUGCUCGGUUUGUUUUCCGGGUGAUGCUGCUCUUCUCUUCAAAGCAGAGGAAAGUCGGGGGCUCAUGUGUCAACAUCCAGGGUUUCCCCGGGGAGGUGUAUCGUUAACGUUAUUCCAAAAAAAACCUGCUGUUCCUUUGAAGACCUUUCAUUUUUGGUUAGCCUAUUCAUCCUUCGGAGGCAGCUGUUUUCCUAACUGCGAAGACCAGAAGACGAUCUCCGGCUCCUGCUGCUUUCGCGUUAGCUAACGUUAUUUUAAACGAUGACAGAGUACAAAGUGCGAAUAGCGUCUCCAAUCAUUUAAUAAUAUCUGGGGACCUGUUAGCUUAGCCAGCUAGCCCGGUAAUUCGAUUAGACCAAGGGAACACGGCGAAACACACUGCUGACAUGAUGUUUCCUCAAUCAAGGCACUCGGCAUCCUCUCAGUCCAGUCAACCUCUCAAGUUCACCACAUCUGACUCCUGUGAUCGCAUCAAGGAUGAGUUCCAGUUCCUCCAAGCACAGUACCACAGUUUAAAGUUGGAGUGUGAUAAACUGGCUUCUGAAAAGUCAGAGAUGCAGCGUCACUAUAUCAUGUACUAUGAAAUGUCCUACGGGCUGAACAUUGAAAUGCACAAACAGGCCGAAAUAGUGAAGAGACUGAAUGGCAUCUGUGCUCAGGUGCUGCCUUACCUGUCACAAGAGCAUCAACAGCAAGUCAUGGGCGCCAUAGAGAGAGCCAAGCAAGUCACACCCCCUGAGAUGAACUCCAUUAUACGGCAACAGCUCCAGGUGCAACACCUGUCCCAGCUCCAGGGCCUGGCCCUGCCUGUGGCCCCGUUGCCCCUGGGCCUCACCCCUCCUAGCCUGCCUGCCGUCUCCUCCAGCUCCGGCCUGCUCUCCCUCUCCUCCAUCCUGGCCAACUACUCCCACGGCCAGGCCCAGGCGGUGAAGGAGGACAAGGCCCGGGAAGCGGCGGAGAGAGCACCCCGAGGAGAGGACGGGGACAAGUCAGACUAGAUCAGACACAGCCAGGAGGUUUGGAGGGGGUGGUUGUGGGGUGAGGUGUCUAAAAAAAAGAAGAAAAAAAAAAGAAAAGGAAAAAAAAAAAAAAUAAUAAAAAAAGAAAGGUAAAACUGUAACUGUAAAUGGAGAUUGAUGUAAGUCUGUCUGCCUGUCUGCUGAGUGUUGAUGUAGAAGAGUAACUGCAGGGAUGAUGACAAGCAGAGAGGACAGAUUUUUGGAUGUGCAGAGAGAGAAACUGCUGAAUGGCUGAGAGUGAGAGUUAAAUGUUCUUAUUAUUUAGUGGUAAUAGACUCAGUUCAGGCUUCUAGACUUUAAAUAGAUGCUUUUUUUUUUAGUGUAAGCCAUUGUUGUUAGGCUUAACCAAGAUAAAUGUUUUCCGGUUUGGAGUGAGAGCUGAGGGUGAAAGCUAACAGCAGUGUCCCUUACACAGAUCUGCCUCUCACUGGUUUAAAUUUCUUAAUUUUUUUUGUUAUCAGAUCCAGUGUUUUUUGUUUACGUGCUCUGCAGUCCCUCAGAUUGUUUCUUACUGUCCCGUCUGCAAGUCACAGUAAGCAGUUUUACAACAUCUAAGUUCCCUCUAACUCCUGUCCCUCCACUCAUAACGUCCAGCUCCAUUACCUUUUUUUCCCAAAAUGAAAUAUUGGCUGGAGCUGCUUGGAGAGUGAUACCAUUCAUUUAUGUAUUUGGAACCAAAUUAAAUCUUAGUCUGACAUUAAAUGGGAUGUUUUUAAAGGGACAUUACACUUGUCGGGUGCAUUCAAAACCCUUCAAACAUGAACCAACCAACUUUUUACCAUUUUUUGCAUUUUCAUACCACGACCAACCACUGGAUGCAUUAGCGGUGUACCUCAAUCCCGAAUAAAUGGGAUUUUAUUCCAAUAAAAACCUAUAGUUUGUACAAAUGGUAGUAUGCCCAUCUUGGGAGUUAACUUGUGUUUCAUAGGCCUAGCUGCUGCGCGCGCUACAUGGCAUGGACCAUGACUCGUCUUUAAAUGACAAGAAUUUAAGCUCUGAAAAAAAUGGACUUUAUUUUGACAUGUUGUUUUCGUGAAGUUAAAGUCAGGCUAAUUAGACAUUCAAAAUGUGUCUGCGUGUGCUCGAGUGAAUGUGAUCGGAAAGGAGAAAACACUUGUUUAAUUUAACUUAAUUUUUUUCUUAAAGCACCUUUUUGUAUUUUCCUCACACCACCCCUAUUCCUGCCCCUUCCUCGUACUGGUCCACUGUUUAACUGACCAAGACAAACUUGAACAGGAUCUAAACUUCAGAACCAGACGGUCGUAAGAGACAUAUGAGUACUGUAUUUCUGUAAGUUAGAAGAGCAUUUCAGUUUAUACUGAGACUGUAUCAAGCACCUGUCUUUUCCUGUCUUGUUUAACUUGUGUGUGAUUGUCAGGGAAAGAUCUCCCCUUUUUUUUCCACAUUAUUUUAAUGAAGAAUGUGUCCAGGGUGAGUUGCUAAAGCUCUGUAAGCAACGUCAAACAAGCGUUCCCUCAAAAAAACAGCAUAUCUAAAAGAGAUUCUCACAGUUAUAAUUUGUCCUGGUGACCAAAUUUAUUGUGGCCUGUUGCAAAGAAACUCGAGCUAUAUUUAGAGCAUUUUUCCAAUUCCACACUCCAUGCUAAUUCUAGUAUAUACAGUACUAUCUACUUAGCUUGAUAUUGAUCAGCCCUAAAUGGGUAUACUGAUUUUUGCCCCUUUUUCAGAGUGAAUAUAGCCUGUAAUGAGACUCGACUGCCACUUUGUGUGUGUUGGUGAUAUAGAGGUCUGGAACCAGGCUAGUGUGAACAUACUCAAAAAUGUGUAUGUUGUUUGGUUUUGAAAUCCACUAAAGGCGUCUUUAGAAACUUACUUACCCAUACUUGUCAGACGUUGUAAUUGGAGUAGCCACAUAACUGUCCCAAAGACAAUCCGCCAUUCACGCCCACAGCAAUUGGCCAGGUGUGUGGAGGUGACAAAGAUGGCAGCAACUUCUCUCUAGCUGUCUUUUUUUUCAUUGUUUUCACAACUCUUUGUCAUUUUUUCCUGUGGACAAACGAGUGCAACACUCUGAAUGCCCUCCAGGAGACAGCCUGAGUGUAGCACUGUGCCAUAUUUAAACCAGUAUCACCGUAGCACAGCAAGCAAACACCAUCCGCCCCUCUCUAUGACGGUCGGCUUGUCACCCCACUUUAAAGUGUGGCCGUUCGAAACCGCUCUAAACACUUUUGCCUUCUGACAUGAUCGGAUUACACUUCAUACAAACUAGUUCUUUUCUAGCGUAGCCCAGCUUUUAGACUAAGCAGGUUUUGAGUAUGUAGUGUUUUCACACUUAAAAAGUGAUAAAAUAAAGUAUGCUCAAAACAGUCUGUGUGGAAACUAAAAAACUUGAGUUUUGAGAACAUUUGAAAACACUUUGAUGUUCAUUUGAAUUGGCAGUGGCUUUUUUAAAGCUGUGGUUCAAUUGAACUCCAAUGGAGCGGGUGUUGUAUAAUUUCUGCAUUCAGUAUAAAGCUGCUAAGUAUAUUGAUUUUUAUAAACAAAAAAAGUUUUUGCAGUUAGUAUGUAGUAUGGAAUUGGGACACAGCUGAAGCGAGGAAUGGGAAUGUUCAUAUUAAAGGCAACAGAGGGCAGCAGUGCACUCUCAGUGAUCAUUAGUAUGAAGCUACGUUCACAAGACUGAUGUCUACUCAGUGUCUAAAGCAGUCCAGGCCAGUCACCUUAUUCUCACUGUUUUCUCUUCUCGUCUUCGUUUCCUGACUGUGGGACGAGCGCCUGUACCCUGCAGGUGUUAGCUGUUAUUCCCCUGUAAUGUGAGUGCUUUCCAGAGCUUUGACAACUCCCCAUUUAACGUCUGAGCACGUCCAAGAUCGGAGCUUAAACUUUUCUUCUGUUCUAAUUUUGAAGUUGUGGCUCAGUGCUCUUUUUUUUUUUUUUUUUUUUUUUUCCUUCUUCCUGUCUGUGCUAGUGUUAGGGAGCUGAUGCUUUUCCCUCCCUGGAGAUAUGACCUUAAUGUAUCGAGUGCGAAACAGAUCAGUUAGUCAUUUGCACUCUUUAUGCUGACGUCAGUCUCUGUAGAAAACCUCCUUUGGCAAAACUCAGACAUAUGAAUGGUAUGUGUGUUUGUUUUUGCUGUGAAGGGCCAAUUUGUAUACAUAUGAAUAUAUCAAUAUACAUAUUUUUUAAAGCAUUUUUGUAUGUUUCAAAGCUGCUUUUUAACGUGUGUGUAUCAUGGAAGACUUUGGUGUUGUAUGUGUGCAUUACAAGCCUACAGUUAAAAGAGAGGCACAAUGUUGUAUACCAUGUCGUUUUUCUUGUUUUUUUUUUCCCUCUCCCAUUCGCUCAGUAGGCAGUAACACUUAACAUUGUUUUCUAGGUUUGUAAGUGUUUACUCUUUUUUUGUGCAACAAAAACCAGUUUAAUGUGUUUAUGAACACAGUCUCAUUUUAAGAUACCUGGGGCAAAAAAAAAAAUACAAAGAUGUAAACAAGCAACUGUGUACUCUGAUGAGAAUGAAUCAACCUUUUAGCAGUAAGGAAGCUUCUCUGGUGCCUUACAAAUAAAAGACGUGAUUGAGA